UCGAGAUGGAAGUUUAUCAGAAGACCAAUAUUCUCUUGGAUCCAUCCGGAGACACCUUUCACCGUGCUGUGGGGAUCACCCUUCAAGGGGGACAGAUCUUUGGUCUUUUCCCAGUGUCUGGUAUACUCAACAAAAAUUCAAACAAAAUAAGGUUUCGAUGGAUAUCUAUAAAAGUGCUGUACUACUUUUACAUAUUUAUUUUCCAAACGAUACAUUUAAUGUUAUCCCUGAGAAGAGCUGUAAGAGUCGAAAUGAGCUUUGGAGUAUUCGCUGCUGUUUUCUUCUAUUUCGUCACUCUUCUAGGUGGUUUCAUUAUUUUUCAAAAGGCUAAGAAUUGGCUCAAAAUUGUUAAAAGAAUAGAAUUAACAGAAAAAAUAUUCCUACAUCCACCAUAUCGGCAAGUGGGAUUCUCUAUGCGGCGGAAAGUACGGUUAGUAACACUAAUUUUACUAAUUGGAGGCGUAGCAGAACAUAUGAUGUACUUUUCGACUAAGUUUAUCAACGCUAAAGCUCAGCUUGAAAAAUGCAAUCUUCAAUUACCAGUCCUUGAACAUUUUCUCAAGACUGAAAGAAGACACUUGUUUUCAAUAUUACCCUACAAUACUGUCCUAGCGCUGUUAUUCGAAUGGUCCAACAUUUGUAUCACAAUCUGCUGGUCUUACAUGGAUGUGUUCAUAAGUCUCUUCACCUGCAGCAUGGCCUAUCGCUUCCGACAGAUUACUGAUCGUAUGAAGAGAGCACGAUUUCAGACUAUGCCAGAUAGUUUUUGGAUAGAAAUUCGAUCUCACUUCACAGAUCUGACUAAUCUACUGAAUUAUUUGGAUAAACAACUUGCAAGUCUGAUCAUUAUAGCCUGUGGAAAUAAUCUGUACUUCAUUUGUCAGCAACUCUUUAACAGCUUCGAAGUAACGUCAGAUGCACUAAAUGCUGCCUACUUUCUAGUUUCCCUCAUGUAUAUAAUCUGCCGUACCCUUACUAUGCUUUUCUUCGCGGCAUCGGUUAAUGAAGCUGCCAAAGAACCUUAUCAAAUGCUUAAAGCCCUACCAUAUACAUCUUGGAGUACAGAGAUUCAGAGAUUUUCCGACCAACUAAUCAGCGAAGUGAUUGGAUUUUCUGGUAACAGAUUCUUCUUCAUAACAAGGACACUAAUUCUAGCGCUAAUAGGCACUAUUGUUACUUAUGAACUCGUGCUCUUGGAUCAUAUUACUGAGCCACCAGAAAUUAUCCAAAACUCUUGCUAUAUUGCUUACUUGAACGCUCAUCAUCAAGCAAAUUGGACUGCCUAAUCAUUGAGUAAUUAUUCUAAAUCUACAGCAAUAUAAUGGCUAAAAAUUCUGUUAUGUUGGGAGACGUAAUACAAGAACUUAAAUCAAGUCAAUAAAUGUAAUUUUU